AUGGAACCUCGCGCGUUCGUCCUUCUUGUUCUUGCCACAGGCGUACAAGGUUUCUCCUGGGAAGCUAACCUGAUGACAUACCUGACGACAGAUUAUAACGUGGAACCGAGGCCGGUUCUUGACCAUAACCACGCUGUCAACGUCACGUUAGACGUGGCUCUGGCUAAAAUCGUCAGCAUUGAUGCGAUGAAGCAAACGUUUGACACCAACUUGUGGAUCCGAAUGUACUGGACUGACGAGACCCUUCGGUGGAACUCGUCUGAGUGGGGCGACACGCCAGUCAUCAGGAUCAGCAGCCAGAAGAUCUGGCGUCCGGACAUCCUGCCGUAUAACAGUAUCCUGCCUUAUGGGAACAACUUCGAGGACUCGUUCGCCACGAUCUACUCGGACGGAAGCGUGUCAUGGCUAUUUCCGGUCACCACCCGGACGACCUGCUCCCUAGAUGUGACGUACUUCCCGUACGACGAACAGACAUGCUCGCUGCAGUUCGGAUCCUGGUCGUUUGACGGCCUCAAAAUUGAUCUUUUUAACAGGUCAUCAUCUGGAGAUACCAGCAGCUACAAGAGAAAUGAGGAAUGGGAUCUGGUGAGCUUCGAGGUGACCCGCUCUGUGUACGUGUACGACUGCUGCCCCGAGCCGUACCCCAGUCUGACCUUCCGGGCUAACCUCAGGAGGAAAACACUUUUCUACAACAUGAACGUCAUCGCACCAUGUAUCCUCAUGCUGUUCGUCAGUCUGUUCGGUACGUGGGUGCCGGCAGGGUGCGGAGAGAAGCUGUCCCUGGGCGUCAACAUGUUACUGGCGCUGGUGUUCUUCAUACAGGCUGUCAACCAGGGUCUGCCCAUCACCUCACGGUCCAUACCGUAUGCAAGUCAGUUCUUUGGCGCCACCAUUCUGAUCGUCGCCAUCUCCGUGUCCUUCUCGUCCUUUGGCAUCAUGUUCCACUUCCACGAAGUCAACCUGAAGAAACCACCGCCAUGGCUCAAGACGCUGCUUUUCCUCCCAGGGUACAGGAUCUGGGAGCGGCGUUGUGGUAAGAAAAACAGAGUCGUUCCCUCCCCGGACUCCUCAUCAUGUGACCAUCUGGACCAAUCAGAUGGCGAGUCCACCAGCAGACCGGUGUCGUCAUGUUCUUACCCUGGGAACGAGAAAUUAGACUACGAAACCGGAGAGGAGAAGAAACCAUUACCAGAACACAGCGGGGGAAGCUUCCUGGCAAACAUCGCUAGAAACUUACAGGCUAUAAAGACUACGGCAGACAACAACGAGGAACAGGAGAGUCUUCGUGACCAGUGGCGGGCCUUGGCGCUACAGCUGGACAAAGUCCUGAUGGUGGUGAUAUUUGUAGUGUACGGCACCGUCACUGUGAUAAUGUUCACUACUCUGCCUGACGGGCUGGUGAGGUAG